CCCCACCUAGGUAACCAUCCUGCCCGGCCGACCGCCCCGUGUUGCCGGUGACGCAAAACGAAGGUGCUCAGUCCUCUGAGCCACACUAUUCUGUUGCAUACAGGGUCGGUCCUGUCUCUUUACUAUCAUGGGCUCCGCAUAAGCUACUUUCUACCGAGCCUCAGUCUUCUUCGUCUGCAAAACAGGAAAAAGUUGAAUUUGCCGGGCGCUAAGGUUCCUGUACUAUAAUGAACUACACGGGAGGGAGAGGAGGGAAAGCCACACUUGACCUCCCCUGGAAGGGCCCCGCCUACCUGUGGUGGGGGGGGGGGGAGAAGCUCCUGGCCCAGACCCGCGGCAGGAGGCGUGUCCUACGAAACUGGAUCCUGCUGUCCUUGGCCGGAGCUAAGGCGCGCCGCUCAGCCUGGAGACGUGGGGUCGACCAAGGAUGGGGUCUGCACCCUGGGCUUCUCAGGUAGCCCCCGUGAAGGAGAAAGUCGUGCAGAGACACUGCGAGUGACCCGGAGCGCAUCUGGGAACAAUGGAAGAGAGGAUGGUAGGCAGCUAACCGGACUCCCUCUGCACGCAGGGACGUCGGAGGCGCACGUCGAGGAUCCCCGGAGAGCUCCAUUUAGAACGGCGGCAAGGCCAUGAGCAGUAUUCGGUCCGCCCAGCCCAAGGCUUUCAUCAGGGCUGGAGGCGAUCUGCGACGCUGAAGAGGGCCAGUGGGGCACCGCCGCCCGAGGGCAGCGCCAUGGCCAGAGAGGAGUGCAAGGCGCUGCUGGACGCGCUUAAUAAGACCACAGCGUGCUAUCAUCACUUGGUGCUGACAGUGGGGGGCUCCGCAGACACCCAGGACCUGCGCGAGGAGCUGCAGAAGACCCGCCAGAAGGCGCGCGAGCUGGCCGUGGCAACAGGCGCCCGGUUGACCGUCGCGCUGCGUGACCGGGGCUUGGCGACCGAGGAGCGCGCGGAGUUCGAGCGGCUCUGGGUGGCAUUUUCGGGCUGCUUGGACCUGCUCGAGGCCGACAUGCAGCGCUCACUGACGCUGGGAGCAGCCUUCCCGCUGCACGCGCCGCGCCGGCCACUCGUGCACACUGGGGUGACUGGCGGCUCUUCUGCCGUGGCCGCGCGCGCCCUGAGCGCACGCAGCCUGCGACACGAGGCCGAGGGAGACUUCGACGUCGCCGACCUGCCUGAGUUGGAGCGCGAAGUCCUCCAAGUGGGCAAGAUGAUCGACGACAUGGAAAUGAAAGUCAACGUACCCCGCUGGACUGUGCAGGCGCGGCAGGCAGCGGGCGCCGAACUCCUGUCCGGUGCCAGUGCUGGUGCGUCCUCGGCUGGUGGCAUUUCGGUACAGGAACGCGCGGGACCCUGCGACCCCAGCAAGGCCCUGGCCGCCACUGUUUUCAGUGCCGUGCUGCUGGUGGCUGUGGCACUCGCCUUAUGUGUGGCAAAGCUGAGCUGACUGACACCCAACGGCCGCCCGCUGCCCCUUCUCCUUCCAGAGUGUGGGCGUGAAGGCUGGCCUGUUAAAGAGAGGUAGUGAACCCCCGGUGUGUGCGCGUGUGAACACGAUCCUUUCAAGGGCACCUUCUGCCUGGGCAAGACAUGUUUUGUUUUUUAACUUACAGGCCCAAGAGGAGUUAACUGCACGGGGCUGUCAGGGCAUUACCGUCCGCAGGAGGUUUAUCUCCUAUUAAUAGAAAUCGGUCCACAGUGACCCCGGAUCCCUUUGAGCUUGAUGGGUUAACACGUGUGUCCCAAGUUUGGUGCCCUCACCCUAGUAGUCGGCUCCCACAGUACAUAAGACAGGGCAAUUUGGGAAAGGUGUAGGGUUGCAUCAAGGGUAGCAAAGUGGGUGUUUUGUCCCUAGACAAGAAGCAAACUGCAAUAAGAUAGAUGUAAGUAGGUUUUAUUACCUUAACCCUUUGGGAGAGCGUGCUGAUAGCGGCCCGUGCAAAGUGUUUUCUCUAGGUACACUAUUGCACUUCUUGGCAGAGAUUGCCCGUUAGACACCAGGAACAGCAGCGAGGGCAGAUUUGGUGUUGUGACUCCAUUUAGGAAACCAAAGAAGGUUGUUUCAACAACUCGAUGUGGCAAUCGGGGUUGGAUCCCCUGAACACUUGCCUCAAGGAAAGACUUCUCCCUACUCGUCCCUGGAUGGGGGGCGGGGAUGGACAGUUGGCCACCGCUUUGGGAGGGGCCACACCACUAUGUAAACAGGCACAGUCUCCUUCCCAGAGGCUUAUUUUAUUCCGGAAUUAGAGCACAGUAUUCGACCCUCCUUUGAGGGAGGGCUGGGGGAAUCCUCUUUGAAGCCCUUAAUCCUGUCUAUCCCCAGAAUUUACCUGCUAGCCAAUAGGAGAACGCGUUUUCUGGAGAGCUGUCCAACUGGCUGACCCCAUGCUACAGGAAAGGGCAAUUCUGGCCUCAUUAGUACACAGAGGCUGAGCUGUCUGCUGAGUUCAAAAUGUAACAGCUUUGGCUUGGAAUUUACAGACCUUUAAACACACACACCCCUACAUACACACAUACACAGACACACACAUACACACACACCUACAUUGUCUGAAAGAAUGACAUUAGUACUUUAGUACCAAAGCCGAGCUGUGUUUGUUUGUUUUUAGUAUAAAGGAAACUGGGCCACAAGCUCCUAUAAGCCAAAUGAGUCAAGCACAGAGAUCUUUUACAUGUACACAGUGUAGGCUACUAAAUAUGAUCUGCGUCCAUCUUUUAAAAUCUAUAUUCUUGUGGCCAGAGAGAUGGCUUAACCGAACAGAAGUAUUAUAGCCAGGCACAGUGGUGCAUGCCUUUAAUCCCAGCACCCUGGAGGCAGAGGCACUCAAGGCCAACUUGGUCUACAGAGUGAGUUCUAGAAGAGCCAGGGCCACAUAGAGAGACCCGGUCAAAAAAAAAAAAAAAAAAAAAAAAAAAGGAAGAAAAAAAAGUGUAUAUAUUGUUCUUGCAGAACAUGGACGUUCUGUUCCCAGCACCCAUCUCCAGCAGCUCAUAACUGCCUGGAACUCCAGCUCCAGGAGAGGUCUGAUGCCUUCUUCUGACUUUCUCAGGCACUUGCCCUCACACACACACACACACACACACACACACACACACACCCCUAAAACUAAAUCUUUUAAAAAGAAUCCAAAUUCUUGAAUAGAGACUGAUUUUUGAGGUCAUGGCUCAAACUACCAGAAUCAUCUACAUAAAAGGCACAAGCAGCUUCUGCUUUCUGCUUAUAAAGGAGACGCCCUCUUUUGGCCUCCAGAGGAACUGCAUGCAGGUGGUGCACAGACAUACAUGCGUGCAACCCCCCCAAUACAAAAUGAUGAUGAUGAAAAUGGUGAUAAUUUUUUAAGUGAAGAAGAGGAUCAGGUGGAGGGGAAUAGCAGUCCUUUACAUGGUCAGCUUGGAAGGCUGAUGCAUGCAAGCGUAUAAGGGCUCACGGUUCUAGGUGCUGCGCCCUACCCCUACCCUCGGCCACGUGACCUCUCUUGACACAGGUUCUGAGGCCUCAAAGAGGAAGCUGUGGAAUCUGUUUGCAGGAGUCUUUGAUUGUGCUUUUAAAAGAUUCACUGGUCUUAAAGCCUACUGAACUCUUUACAACAAUUACUGGUAAGAGUUCCUACGCCCUCCUCUGGCUGGGCUAGGCAACUCUGACGAGGUACGACUUUCAACCUUUUUGUUGCUGCUUGCCCAGGAUGCCUUUAGAGACAACGUAGAAAGUUUUAAACUCCGCCUCCUACACACGACACAACAUGGAGUCUCUGUCACCUUCUCCAGAGAUCACCUCUCUGGCAAGAGAAGUUUGGAGGCAUUUGGGGACGUGGUGUUAGGGAAUCUCGCUACAAUACAGUUGGUGAAGGCAUCCUGACAUUGUCAAGGUUGUAACUUUAUUCUUAUUGGGAGUUUUGUUUUAUUUAUUUAUUUUUUAAAAAAAAUAGGGGCCAGAGAGAUGGCUCGGCAGUUAAGAGCACUUGCUGCAGUUCAGCUCGCCGGCACCUGUUACUCCUGCUCCUGGGGAUCUGGCGCCCUCUUCUGGCCUCAAUGGGCACCUGCACAUACAUGGCAGGCGCAUUUGUGCACACACACAAAUAUCAAUGCAUUUCUCAAAAUUGUUCUGGAGAGAGUAUUGAAGACAUACACCAUCUGGCACUGAAUAGGCCAGUUUACGAUAGUGGUUCUUAACCUUCUUAAGCUGAGACGCAUUAACACAGUUUCUCCUGUUGUAGUGAUUCCCCCACCAUAUGAUUCUUUUGUUGCUUCUUCAUAACUGUAAUUUUGCUGCUGUUAUGAAUUGAAAUGUAAAUAUCUGAUAUGCAGGAUAUCUGAUUGUGACCCCUAUGGGGUCGCGGCCCACAGGUUGAGAAUCGCUGCUCUAAAAGCUGAGCAGACAAACAAAUUUCCCAUUGCCACUCUUUCCACCCACUCGGCCAUUCUUUGGAUAAUUAGCUGGGUCGCUUGUGAGGGUUCUCAGAUCACUGCAACCUGCGAUAAAAUGUUGCAGAAAGCAAAGGCUGAAUUAAGGAAACAUUCCUCUAGCAGACCUGUGAGCCCAGGGAACCCACUGAGCUUCAAAAUGUUAAAUAUGAGCUGAAUUCUUUGGUACUUGAUGCUGUGUAAGGGAACCGCUACAGGACAGCGUCACUUCCUGCCUUGUACAACUGGCUCAUUUCUAACUAAUAUGGCUACUCUUGUUUCUACCUGUAAUUGAUGAGCUUUGGCUGAUGCAUACUUUGCUGUUGAAGUCAUCCAUUUUCUAUAGAUAUUUGGUCUGAUCUGAUACCUGGUAAAACUGAUGGGGAAAAAAUUCAAAAUGCAUCCGCUAAGCUGGGUUUCAUGCAGACCUGCUACUUAAGAAUGGAGCAGGAAGGGGCUGGAGAGGUGGCUCAGAGGUUAAGGGCAUUGCCUGCUCUUCCAGAGGUCCUGAGUUCAUUUCCCAGCAACCACAUGGUGGCUCACAACCAUCUGUAAUGGGGUCUGGUGCCCUCUUCUGGCCUGCAGGCAUACACACAGACAGAAUAUUGUAUACAUAAUAAAGAAAUAAAUAUUUUUUUUUAAAAAAGAAUGGAGCAGGAAGACCACCUGUUCAAGACUAGCUUGGGCUGCAGUGUGAGUUCAAGGCUAACCUGAGCUCAAGGCUAGCCUGGGCAACUUAGACUCUAUCUCUCAAAAUAAAAAUGUGAAAAGGGGGGGGCUGGGGAGAUAGCUCAGAGGUUAAGAGCACUGGCUGCUCUUCCAGAGGUCCUGAGUUCAAUUCCCAGCAACCACAUGGUGGCUCAUAACCAUCUAUAGUGAGAUCUGGUGCCCUCUUCUGGUAUGCAGGUAGAUACUGUACACAUAAUAAAUAAAUAAACAAACAAACAAACAAACAAAUAAAUAAUCUAUCUUAUAUAAAAGGGGACUGGGGUUGUCGCCUAAGCCAGAGAACUUGCUUAGCAUGUUUGAGGCUUAAGAUUCAGUCCUGUGCCCCUCAAAAAUGUAUUAGCUGAUAUUAAAAGGCGAAAACUGGGGAUGUCAAGGGACUGUCAACCUAUCAAGGGAAUGAAUGCGUUCUGAACUAGCAGUAAGCUAUUAAUGAUUACCUUAAUCAUAUUGAAGGAAGAAAAUACCCAGAUAACUUUUUCUAAAAUAGGAUCUCACUAUUGUAGUCCUGGAUGUCCUGGAUCUCACGUGUAGACCAGACUGACUUUGAACUCAGAGAGGUCCUCCUGCUUCUGCCUCCUGAGUGCACGGAUUAAAGGCACAUCACUACACCUUGCUUUAACUGUGUAGCCACGAUGGCCUUGAGGUAGUGAUCCUCCUGCCUUAGCCUCUUUAGAAUCCGCUACCAGUGUGGGCCACCACAACCCGUGGGAGGAUUUUAUGGAAUAUAAAAGGUUAUGCUUUGAAAUGCCACGAGGAAAAAUAUUUAGGGUAAGCUUGAAACCCGCGCGUUGUGGUUUCCCUAGCGUGUGUAAAGGAUGCGUGAUGCUGAAGAACUGGGAAACAGUUUGGGCUGAAGAGAUGUCUAAUCUGCACGAGGUUCCUGGCAAUGCUGCAGCCUCCCCACCCCCCACGUGCACACUGGUGCAUUUUGAAGCUGCCCCUCCCUCUUUAGAGUGUUCAAUGGUGGAUGCUUUGUGAGGCUGUGAGCUCCUGGGUGUGAGGAGCGGGUGAGCAAAAUGUUGUAGAGGAAGCUCACCUCUGUGUCCCUUGGGUGUGCCUCUCCCUGGGGAGGGGGGAUCCACCGUCUGCCCUGGUCUGGGAACUCUUCCCCUGUCCAAAUGUACCUCAAGUCAUUUGAUAUCCCCAUGCCUCGGAUUCUCUACUGGUGGCAUAAGGGUUUUGACCAGUUAGCUCGGCGAGCCCCCGUGGCGCUUCAGAUGUUCGGGAGAUCGCCUCACUAACGUGAAUAAGGCUUAUUUUGUUGGUUGGUUUGGUAUGAGGCUUUUUGUUUUGCUGGUUGGUUUAGGUAUAUCCUCGUUGAAUGUAACCUUGUGGCUUGGUGGUUAUUGUCUAAAAAUAACUAGAGAGACGGCUCAGGGGUUAAGGGCACGUACUCUUCUUCCAGAGCUCACAAGUUCGAGUCUCAGCACCCACACCAGGUGUCUCACAACGGCCUGUAACUCCAGUUCCAGGUGGAUCAGACACCUCUGGCCUCUGUGGACACCUGCACCCAGUGUGCACACAGACACACAUACAUACACGGAAUUAAAAAUGACAAAAUAUUUUAAAUGUUUAAAAAGACUAGAAGUCAGGCUAGUGAGGUGAUUCAGGGUAAGGGCGCCCACUGCCAAGCCUGACAACCGGAGCGCUGUCCUGGAACCCACGUGCUGGAAGGGGAGAACGAGCAACCAAGAGCUGCUCUCUGACCUGCACACACAUACUAAGGCGCGUGUGCGGGCCCGCUCUCCACGCACACAAAAUAAAUAAAUAACAAGUAUUUAGUUUUAGAAUACCAAAAUUAAGCUUCGCGUGAUUUCAGUGCACACAGAAUUAGAGCGUAGACUUUCAAAAGCAAGCGUGGGAUUCAGGGUGUAGCGCAGCGAUAGUGGGCUCAACUAGUACUCCUAGUCUCUGGAUCCAACCCCCAGCUCUACAAAGGGAAACAGAGGCCGAUGUGUUAUGCUAUCUGUGUGUAGUAUUGGCAUAGACAAGGAAUUUAUAGUAUGUGUCCAGUAUUUAACUAGAUAAGGAAUUUAAAUUCAGACUCUUAAGUCUGAGUCCAAGUAUUUAUUUAUUUUUAGGGGCUGGAGAGAUGCUUUACAGAUUAAGAGUGCUUACUGCUCCAGGGUUCGGUUCCUAGCACCAACAAGAGGCAGCUUGUACUCGCCUGUAACUCCAGCUCCAGGGUCUCUGUCCCUCUCCUCUGGCCUCCAAAGACACUGACAUCCAACUCACACAGGCACACACACACACACACACACACACAAUAAAAAUAACGAAAUCUAAUUUUCAGUCUGUUUUGCACAGCAAUCAGGCCGCCUCAAGGGAUUCUGAGAAACAGUAAAGACAAGCCCUUGCUAUUGUUGUAUAGUUUGGAGACUAUACUCCCUCCCUAACCUUAGAAAACCAGGCAGCAGGGCUUGUUUCUGUGUGAUGGUAAAUCUAUGAUGGAAUCAAAGGUUUCACGUCUACGUGUUCUAUCAACGGGUUCUAACCACGUUCGUGAAUAAGCAACAAUAUUAAAGACAAUAGGCAGCAUUAAUAACUCGCAGGAAAAGGCACCUUCAAAUGACUCCACUAUCAAGUUGCAACUUGCAAGAAUAUCCUUCAUUUUCAUCACUCACAUUGGAGCGGAGGUGUGCAGCCCGACCAGCGGAUCUACUCUCCACAGACUGAGGCGUAAAGAGAUGUUCAGCGAGCGUCAAGACUGUAGCUGUUUGCUGAAUGUUUUCCUCUGCGGUACAAUCACACUCAGACUUUAACACUGAAAGUGAGGCUGUGGGCAACACAGAUCAAAGCCAAACUUCAAAUCCAGUUUCUUCUGGUUCUUGAGGACUGACCAAAGAUCCCAUGAUGGCGGGACAAUAUUGUUUGGAAAAAUAUUCCUGCCAUCUACUUGGUUUCCAUCUCAUUCCAAGGAGGGUUCCAGAUUUUUUUCCCCCUGCAGGGUUGCAAGGUAGAGGACACCCUAGUUCUUUAGUGUCUGAGAAGUUUAAGACCAUGAGUUUGUAUGACCUGUGGAAAUACAAGAAAUGACAGCUCUUGUCAAAUGAUUUUUAAAGAGUCUUUCAAACAUUCUGGUGCCAGAAAGCAUAGUUGAGUGUUGCCUGCGUGGAUAUGUAUGUAUUAGGUGCGAGGAAAAGUCUAGAAAGAAAUACAAAGAAGUGAAAAUAUUUGUAAAGGU